AUUUUCCAGCCCUGCCUGCCGAAAGGUCUCGGCCCCUUGGGCCGAGGGCGAGGACGCAUCUAUCGCUGUAUUUCCCUUGUGGACGAGGAAAGAAGGGUUUGGCGUGAUAUCCAUCUUCAAAGGGCCCAAGAGGGAGAUUUUGUUUUAAAAAUGACCUCAUCCCGUGAGGCGCUACUGCUUUCUUCAGGAAUAAACCGGAUUUGA